AUGAAGCGCGUCACGCUGCGUUCUGCUUCUUCGCGGGCCUCUCUCGUGUCUCUCUCUUCUUCCUCUCUCUCCUCGCUCUGCAGUCUCCGCGCGCCCGCUGCACACCCUGCCCGCCUGUCUCCCUUCGCGGCGUCGGCGUCAGUCGAGGCUCGCUUUCCACUGCUCCUGGCUGCGGGCGCGGUUGCGCGUCGCGGAGUUCAGAUCAGACUGGCCUCUGGGCAGAGUCUCUUCGCGUCGCGCGAGUCCCUUUUCGCAGGUACGUGGGCGCGGCGGGCUGGCAGACGCUUCCUCAGCUCCGCAGACAGCGCGAAGAGCUCCACCUCCGCGCAGGAGACGCAGGCGAAGCCUGAGGCGGCGCCGGCUGCCGAAGGGCUUGAGGGCGAGGCCGCGCAGCCUGUCCUCGAGGGAGGAGAGGCCGCGAAGGCGGAGCCGCAUCGCGGCGCGGCGUUCUCGAAGUGGGCGCGGAGAGUCGCGUACUCCUCUCUCCUCUUUGUGGGGGGCGGCUUCACGUUCCUCUUCUUCGCCUUCCCUGCAACACCGGGCGGCGACCGGUUCGCCUCGACUGUGGAGGCGGUCGCGGCGCUCCUGGAGAUCCGGCGCGGGGAAAACCAACUCGAGAAGGAGAAGAAAGGCCGCGAGCGCGCGAAGGACACCUCGCCCUUCGCCUUCCUCGCGGGCGGAAGGACGCAGGAAGACCCGCUGGCUGACUUUAGCCUCGUGACCGACGCCGAGUUUGACAGAACCGACGAGGCGCUCGUUCUGUUCGUCGACGGCGAGAAGGAAGCCGAGGCAGAAAGAGAGAACAUCCGCAGCCUCAAGAGCCUCGUGGAGCGGCUGCAGGCUGAGGGAAAACUCAGCAAGAACAUCCGACUCUUCUACGCAUGGAGGACUGCUGCCAACUCGCCGUGUCGGGGCGAGGGUCCUGCGGUCAUGCUCUACAAGGGGCAGCGCCGGUCGCGGCAUCCGCUCGAGAGUCUGCUUGACGCUGGGAGCGCGAAGCAGGCCGCGGAGAAGCAGAGCGGCGGGGCCGAGCCUCGCGCCGACAGCGACGUGGCGCAGGGGAAGGAGGAGCGGGUUUUAGAGACGUUUUUCGUCCCGAUGAGCGAGCCUGAGAACAAAGCGCGGACCAAGCGCGAAAAGGAAAAACACCUGCCCCUACGCGUCGUUGGCGCCAACUUCCAGAGAGACGUGUUGGACGAGGCGAAGGGCGGUAAAACCAUCAUUCUGCAGCUCUUCGAAGAUUCGUGCUUCCUCUGCUUCCUCAUGCGACCAUUCAUCAACUCUGUGAGCAUGCUGCUGGCAGAGUACGAGGUGCCUGUGACUCUGAAGAGACUGAACAUCGAGAAGAACGACUUCCCCGAAGGCUGCCCCGUCACGCGCGCGACGCCGACGUUCGUUCUCUACCGUGCAGGGCAGGAGGAAGGCGAGAAGUGGAUGGAGUUCAGGCCGAAGGAUUUCAUCGAGAAACUAGAGAAGGAGUUCGACAUCCCGAUUGAGCUGCGGCUGAAGUUCAGCAGUCUCCUCGACCGCCUCCACGAGCGGUUCCGCCGCUUCGGGCUCCUUUCUGUGUGGCUGUUGGAAGUUCGCAAAGUCGAGGACGUGCUGCUGGCUGCCCAGCAGCGAACCGACGCGCGGGAGCAACUCGAGCGCCACGGCCUCGGCAGCCACGUGGAGCCUUCGGGCGCGUCUUCGCCGACUGCAGAGACUGCGCGCCGCGCCGAGGCUGCAGGCGUCCAGAAAGAGGGCGACGGUGACGCGAAAGGCGACGCGGAAGGCGACGCGGACAAGAAGAAGAAGGACGACCUCGAGUUCGAUGCAGUCGUGUCCAUGCUCAUGAGCCAGGACAUGAAGCGCGAAGACGACUUGGAGGAGAACCUGAAACACCUUGAGCGAGAAGUCGCGAACGCUGAGGGCGACGCAAUGGCAUUUGGAGUUAUGCUGGGAGAAGAGAUCCUGCGCGCAGACGUUGAGCACAUCGUGGACGCUUUGCUCGAGACGGAGGGCCGUGCCAGCCAGCCUGCACCGAGUGCUGACGCAGCGGAGAAGCAGAUUCCGAAAUUCUAA